AUGAAGUUAUCUUGGGUUGUUGGAGGCGCUGAACAACGGAAUAAAAGGUGCAAACCAGGCGCAUCAUCUGUAAACGUGCAAUGUAACAAUGCCCACCAUGAGGAAAACGAGGAACUUUGCAGUGGAAUGCUAGAUAGAUGUAUUGAAGGACUUGGGAAGCAGAUAACCCUGCUGCACCGUCUAUCAGAUACUAUUCGCGAAGCCAGCAGUAAAAUCCAAAACGUCAAAGACGCCAAGACUUUCAAGAUUCUGGACAAAGGAAAUGACGUGGAACCGCUACAAGAAGUUAUUUUUACUAAUACUGUGCGCGACAAAUUCCCGAGCAUCGAAGAACAAACAGGAAGCGCGGAUGCCACAGCUUCAGGCCAUAGGAAUUCUGCUGCAACAGUUACUCCCCCAGCCCGAGUUCAAGACUCAAAUCAAACCUUAACUCCCAAUCAACUCGAGCGAAUACGGAGAUUUGUUAAGAUUCUUGAGGAAGAUCUGGUUGCCGAGGAUUAUGAGCAGUAG